AUGGCAGACUUCCUGUUACCUCGGGGCACCAGCAGCUUCCGCAGGUUCACCCGGGAGUCUCUGGCAGCCAUCGAGAAGCGCAUGGCGGAGAAGCAGGCCCGGAGCUCCGCCGCCUCGCAGGAGAGCCGCGACGGGCUGCCCGAGGAGGAGGCUCCCCGGCCCCAGCUGGACCUGCAGGCCUCCAAAAAGCUGCCGGAUCUCUACGGCAACCCACCCCGAGAGCUCAUCGGGGAGCCCCUGGAGGACCUGGACCCCUUCUAUAGCACUCAAAAGACCUUCAUCGUCCUGAACAAAGGCAAGACCAUCUUCCGGUUCAGUGCCACCAACGCCUUGUAUGUCCUCAGCCCCUUCCACCCCAUCCGGAGAGUGGCUGUGAAGAUCUUGGUUCAUUCAUAUCCUUUGCAAUCCAUCCCUGCUGUCAUGCUCAUCAUGUGUACCAUCCUGACCAACUGCGUGUUCAUGGCCCAGCACGACCCUCCACCCUGGACCAAAUAUGUCGAGUACACCUUCACUGCCAUCUACACCUUCGAGUCUCUGGUCAAGAUUCUGGCUCGAGGCUUCUGCCUGCACGCGUUCACCUUCCUUCGGGACCCGUGGAACUGGCUGGACUUCAGUGUGAUCAUCAUGGCAUACACCACUGAAUUUGUGGACCUGGGCAAUGUCUCAGCUUUACGUACCUUCCGAGUCCUCCGGGCCCUGAAAACUAUAUCAGUCAUUUCAGGCCUGAAGACCAUCGUGGGGGCCCUGAUCCAGUCUGUGAAGAAGCUGGCCGACGUGAUGGUCCUCACAGUCUUCUGCCUCAGCGUCUUCGCCCUCAUCGGCCUGCAGCUCUUCAUGGGCAACCUGAGGCAUAAGUGCGUUCGCAACUUCACAAUGCUCAACGGCACCAACAGCACCAAUGGCUCCGUGGAGGCCGACGGCCUGAUCUGGGAAUCGCUGGACCUCUACCUCAACGACCCAGAAAAUUACCUACUCAAGAAUGGCACCUCUGAUGUGUUACUCUGUGGGAACAGCUCCGACGCUGGGACAUGUCCCGAGGGCUACAGGUGCCUGAAGGCAGGCGAGAACCCUGACCACGGCUACACCAGCUUCGACUCCUUCGCCUGGGCCUUCCUCGCCCUCUUCCGACUGAUGACGCAAGACUGCUGGGAGCGCCUCUACCAGCAGACCCUGAGGUCUGCAGGGAAGAUCUACAUGAUCUUCUUCAUGCUGGUCAUCUUCCUGGGCUCCUUCUACUUGGUGAACUUGAUCCUGGCUGUGGUCGCCAUGGCCUACGAGGAGCAAAACCAAGCCACCAUCGCGGAGACAGAGGAGAAGGAAAAGCGAUUCCAGGAAGCCAUGGAGUUGCUCAAGAAAGAGCAGGAGGCCCUCGCCAUCAGGGGUGUGGACACCGUGUCCCGCAGCUCCUUGGAGAUGUCCCCAUUGGCCCCAGUAACCACCCAUGAGAGAAGGAGCAAGAGAAGAAAACGAAUGUCUUCAGGGACGGAGGAGUGUGGGGAUGACAAGUUCCCCAAGUCCGACUCAGAGGAUGGUCCCCGAGCAGUGAAUCGUUUCAGCAUCACCCACGGCCUCAGCAGGACCUCCAUGAAGCCGCGCUCCAGCCAUGGGAGCAUUUUCACCUUCCGCCGACGGGACCUGGGCUCCGAGACAGAUUUUGCAGACGAUGAAAACAGCACCGCCGGGGACAGCGAGAGCCACCGCACAUCGCUGCUGGUGCCUUGGCCCCUGCGGCGGCCUAGCACCCAGGGACAGCCCAGUCCUGGAACCUCAACUCCCGGCCACGUGCUCAACGGCAAGAGGAACAGCACUGUGGACUGUAACGGAGUGGUCUCCUUGCUGGGGGCAGGCGACCCCGAGGCCACCUCCCCCGGGAGUCACCUCCUCCACCCUAUGAAGCUGGAGCGCCCCCCGGACACGACUACGCCAUCGGAGGAGCCAGGCAGGCCCCAGACGCUGACGCCCCAGGCUCCAUGUGUCGACGGCUUUGAGGAGCCAGGAGAGCGGCAGCGAGCCCUCAGCGCAGUGAGCGUCCUCACCAGUGCCCUGGAAGAGUUGGAGGAGUCUCAGCGCAAGUGUCCACCGUGCUGGAUCCGUUUCGCCCAGCACUACCUGAUCUGGGAGUGCUGCCCGCUGUGGAUGUCCAUUAAGCAGAAAGUGAAGUUCAUGGUCAUGGACCCAUUUGCUGACCUCGCCAUCACCAUGUGCAUCGUGCUUAACACGCUCUUCAUGGCCCUGGAGCACUACAACAUGACGACCGAAUUUGAGGAGAUGCUGCAGGUCGGAAACCUGGUCUUCACAGGGAUCUUCACAGCAGAGAUGACCUUCAAGAUCAUCGCCUUGGACCCCUACUACUACUUCCAGCAGGGCUGGAACAUCUUCGACAGCAUCAUUGUCAUCCUCAGCCUCAUGGAGCUGGGCCUGUCCCGCAUGGGCAACCUAUCGGUGCUUCGCUCCUUCCGCCUGCUUCGGGUCUUCAAGCUGGCCAAAUCCUGGCCCACGCUGAACACACUCAUCAAGAUCAUUGGGAACUCGGUGGGUGCGCUGGGCAACCUGACGCUGGUGCUGGCCAUCAUCGUGUUCAUCUUCGCUGUGGUGGGCAUGCAGCUCUUCGGCAAGAACUAUUCAGAGCUGAGGCACCGCAUCAGUGACUCAGGCCUUCUGCCCCGCUGGCACAUGAUGGACUUCUUCCACGCCUUCCUCAUCAUCUUCCGCAUCCUCUGUGGAGAGUGGAUCGAGACCAUGUGGGACUGCAUGGAGGUGUCCGGGCAGUCACUAUGCCUGCUGGUCUUCCUGCUUGUUAUGGUCAUUGGUAACCUUGUGGUCCUGAACCUCUUCCUGGCUCUACUGCUCAGCUCCUUCAGCGCGGACAACCUCACAGCCCCCGACGACGAUGGGGAGAUGAACAACCUCCAGCUGGCCCUGGCCCGCAUCCAGCGGGCCCUGCGCUUCAUCAAGCGGACCACCUGGGACUUCUGCUGUGGGCUCUUGCAGCGGCCGCCUCAGAAGCCCGCGGCCCUCGCCUCCCAGGGCCAGCUGCCAGGCUGCAUCGCCACCUCCAGCCCCCCGCCCCCACCAGAGGCCGAGAAGGCGCCCCCAGCCCGCAAGGAGACGCGGUUUGAGGAAGGCCAGCGGCCAGGUCAGGGCGCAUCCGGGGAUGCCGAGCCCGUGUGUGUGCCCAUCGCCGUGGCCGAGUCAGACACAGAGGACCCCGAGGAGGAUGAGAACAGCCUGAGCACAGAGGAAGAGCGCAGCAAGCAGCUGCCUGAAGACAGUUACUCUGAGGGGAGCACAGCAGAUAUGACCAACACCGCUGACCUCCUGGAGCAGAUCCCUGACCUCGGAGAGGAUGUCAAAGACCCGGAGGACUGCUUCACUGAAGGCUGUGUCCGACGCUGUCCCUGCUGUACCGUGGACACCACACAGGCCCCCGGGAAGGUCUGGUGGAGGCUGCGCAAGACCUGCUACCGCAUCGUGGAGCACAGCUGGUUCGAGACGUUCAUCAUCUUCAUGAUCCUGCUCAGCAGUGGCGCGCUGGCCUUUGAGGAUAUCUACCUGGAGGAGCGGAAGACCAUCAAGGUCCUGCUGGAGUAUGCCGACAAGAUGUUCACCUACGUCUUCGUGCUGGAGAUGCUGCUCAAGUGGGUGGCCUACGGCUUCAAGAAGUACUUCACCAACGCCUGGUGCUGGCUUGAUUUCCUCAUCGUGGACGUCUCGCUGAUCAGCCUGGUGGCCAACGCCCUGGGCUUUGCUGAGAUGGGCCCCAUCAAGUCACUGCGGACCUUGCGUGCGCUCCGACCACUGCGAGCCCUGUCACGAUUUGAGGGCAUGAGGGUUGUGGUCAACGCCCUGGUGGGCGCCAUCCCAUCCAUCAUGAACGUCCUUCUCGUCUGCCUCAUCUUCUGGCUCAUCUUCAGCAUCAUGGGCGUGAACCUCUUUGCGGGGAAGUUUGGGAGGUGCAUCAACCAGACCGAGGGAGACAUGCCCUUGAACUAUACCAUCGUGAACAACAAGAGCGACUGUGAGUCUUUCAACGUGACUGGCGAAUUGUACUGGACCAAGGUGAAAGUCAACUUUGACAACGUGGGGGCCGGGUACCUGGCCCUUCUGCAGGUGGCAACAUUUAAAGGCUGGAUGGACAUCAUGUAUGCAGCUGUAGACUCCAGGGGGUACGAGGAGCAGCCCCAGUGGGAAUACAACCUCUACAUGUAUAUCUAUUUUGUCGUCUUCAUCAUCUUUGGGUCUUUCUUCACCCUGAACCUGUUCAUCGGUGUCAUCAUUGACAACUUCAACCAACAGAAGAAAAAGAUACGGGGCCAGGACAUCUUCAUGACAGAGGAGCAGAAGAAGUACUACAAUGCCAUGAAGAAGCUGGGCUCCAAGAAGCCCCAGAAGCCCAUCCCACGGCCCCUGAACAAGUACCAGGGCUUCAUAUUCGACAUCGUGACCAAGCAGGCCUUCGACGUCACCAUCAUGUUUCUCAUCUGCUUAAACAUGGUGACCAUGAUGGUGGAGACAGACGACCAGAGCCCUGAGAAGGUCAACAUCUUGGCCAAGAUCAACCUGCUGUUCGUAGGCAUCUUCACAGGCGAGUGUAUCUUCAAGAUGGUUGCCCUGCGCCACUAUUAUUUCACCAACAGCUGGAACAUCUUUGACUUCGUGGUCGUCAUCCUCUCCAUCGUGGGCACUGUGCUCUCAGACAUCAUCCAGAAGUACUUCUUCUCCCCGACGCUUUUCCGCGUCAUCCGCCUGGCCCGCAUCGGCCGCAUCCUCAGGCUGAUCCGCGGGGCCAAGGGCAUCCGCACGCUGCUCUUCGCCCUCAUGAUGUCCCUGCCCGCCCUCUUCAACAUCGGGCUCCUGCUCUUCCUCGUCAUGUUCAUCUACUCCAUCUUCGGCAUGGCCAACUUCGCCUACGUCAAGUGGGAGGCCGGCAUCGAUGACAUGUUCAACUUCCAGACCUUCGCCAACAGCAUGCUGUGCCUCUUCCAGAUCACCACGUCGGCGGGCUGGGACGGGCUCCUCAGCCCCAUCCUCAACACGGGGCCCCCCUACUGCGACCCCAACCUGCCCAACAGCAACGGCUCCCGGGGCAACUGCGGGAGCCCCGCAGUGGGCAUCCUCUUCUUCACCACCUACAUCAUCAUCUCCUUCCUUAUCGUGGUCAACAUGUACAUCGCCAUCAUCCUGGAGAACUUCAGCGUGGCCACGGAGGAGAGCACGGAGCCCCUGAGUGAGGACGACUUUGACAUGUUCUACGAGAUCUGGGAGAAGUUCGACCCGGAGGCCACCCAGUUCAUCGAGUAUUCGGCCCUGUCCGACUUCGCCGACGCCCUGUCGGAGCCGCUCCGGAUCCCCAAGCCCAACCAGAUAAGCCUCAUCAAUAUGGACCUGCCCAUGGUGAGCGGGGACCGCAUCCACUGCAUGGACAUCCUCUUUGCCUUCACCAAGAGGGUCCUGGGCGAAUCUGGGGAGAUGGACGCCCUGAAGAUCCAGAUGGAGGAGAAGUUCAUGGCGGCCAACCCGUCCAAGAUCUCCUACGAGCCCAUCACCACCACGCUGCGCCGGAAGCACGAGGAGGUGUCGGCCACGAUCAUCCAGCGGGCCUUCCGCCGGCACCUGCUGCAGCGCUCGGUCAAGCACGCCUCCUUCCUCUACCGCCGGCAGGCGGGCAGCAGCGGCCUCUCGGACGAGGACGCCCCGGAGCAGGAGGGCCUCAUCGCCUACAUGAUGAACGAGAACUUCUCCCGCCGCCUCGGCCCGCCCUGCAGCUCCUCCGUCUCCUCCACGUCCUUCCCGCCCUCCUACGACAGCGUCACCAGGGCCACCAGCGACAACCCCCAGGUGCGGGCGUCUGACUACAGCCCAAGCGAGGAUCUCGCCGACUUCCCCCCAACCCCCGACAGGGACCGCGAGUCAGUCGUGUGA